AUGUCUCUUCGGCCCUACUUGGAAGCUGCCUACAGAGAGGUUCGUUUGUCUACAGGAACCGCACUCAAUCCGCUGCAGAAGCUAGAUUGCCACCUCAAAAAAGGUCAAGACAACUUGAUCCUGGUUUACGGUGGCUCUUUCAACCCCCCGCACCGUGGACAUCUGGAGGUCCUGCUGUCAGCACUGCACCCCGUGGUCAACGCCGUCGCCGUGGUGGUUCUCCCCAGCGAGGAUUUCCACCUACGACACAAAUUGACAAAUAGCCACCCAGAGUUCUUCAUGAGUCGGAAAACGAGAGCUGCACUUUGGGCCGAGAUGCCCCAGGUGCCUAAAAAUAAAGUCUGGAUAUGGUCAGAGACAUGGUAUCCAUUUUUCACAUUUAUGGAAGCGGCGCAGCGGUUUUGCGAAGCGGAUGGUUACAAGAUUGUGUUUUCGCACCUCAUUGGGCCGGAUAACCUCAACAGAGCCGAUGCUCUUAACAAUUUGCCCUACAGGUUGCCGCGAAUACUUGUUACCAAUAAAGCACGGCAUGUACCCUCUCAAUUCUUGCCAAACGGACAGCCAACGAAAUGGAAGGGCUUUGGGGAAUGGCUUCCGCAAAGAAUGACAUGUGAUGACCAAAAUGGGCAACUUGAAGAAGCAGCGGAGGAGGCUACCCUAUGGACUUGUCGAGGUACUGAUAGCCUCGGCCACCAGACAAUGGGUUACUAUUUGGAUUUCGCGAAGAGACCAACUGGGUCUGACAUUAACUCAACAGCCAUGAGGCGAGACCUCCUCGAGAGACACUCAUUGGACGAAGAGAUCCUGGGCCGACUCAGCACCGCUGACCUUCUAAGCAUCUUGGAGCCGGUAUUGCGUGGAGAUUAGACUCAUUGAUAGAACAACCCAAGCAACGCUACUCAUUAUGUCAGAUUGCUCGAAUAGUA